GCCCGGUGCCUGUAUCCGUGAAGCCAGACGGGGGUAACCGUAGUCACCGGUCCACCAUCAGCAGUAGAGAAGACUGGGACAGAGGGGGACUGAGAAGGAUCUUCAGCAUCCCUGGAGAGUUACAUACACAGUGAGAAGAUGACUCUGGCAGCCUACAAAGAGAAGGUCAAAGAGCUCCCCCUGGUGUCUCUAUUCUGUGCCUGCCUGAACCCACAGACUGCAGAAAAACCUACAUACAAGGCAGAAGAUGCGGUGGACCUGGGCUGGUGCGUCAUCAAAGACGUGGAGGUGAUCGAGCUGAACAAGCGGGCAUCAGGCCAGGCCUUCGAGGUCAUCCUUAAGCCCCCGUCCUUUGACGGCGUGCCAGACCUCAACACCUCCAUGCCGCAGCGCCGCGACCCGUCCCUGGAGGAGAUCCAGAAGAAACUGGAGGCUGCCGAGGAGAGGCGGAAGUGCCAGGAGGCCGAGCUACUGAAGCACCUGGCGGAGAAGAGGGAGCACGAGCGUGAGGUGAUACAGAAGGCCUUUGAGGAGAACAAUAACUUCAUCAAGCACGCCAAGGAGAAGCUGGAGCAGAAGAUGGAGGCCAACAAGGAGAACAGGGAGGCCCUGCUGGCUGCCAUGCUGGAGAGGCUGCAGGAGAAGGACAAACACGCGGAAGAAGUGAGGAAGAACAAGGAGAUGAAGGAGGAAGCCUGCCGGUAGAUGAGUGGAGCCGGGGACAAAGAGAGAGAAAGAGCAGGACUGGGAGUUUUUUGAGUCAGUAUAAAAAUAAAAAAUGGAAAUGAAAACAGUGCAGGAAAGAAAAAAAAGAACUUAAAAACAACUCGAACAAAAGGGAAAAGGCGAGUUUUCAUAUUUGAUGUAUGCUGUAACGAUUCUGAACAAGCUGUAAAAAGUUUAGCCAACUCUUGAUGUUGAAAUUCAAAGAGAAAUCUUUCUCUUUUUUCUAAAGGAAAGUGGGCAGGGGGGUGGGGUGGCAUCAAAACAAACAAUUACAUUUUUUUAAAGAGGGUCUGCAGUGGUGGUUAGGCGAGCAAUGAACACUGCAUCAAGGCAGAAGGAGGUACAAAGCUAAAUCACAGCUCUCUCAUUUCUGCAGUUUCUUCAGCCAGAAAGCAGGAAAUUAUAACUGCCUGCAUGAUAUUUGAGCAGCGUUAACUGAGCUGUGCUUUUAUGCUGUUGGUUGUAUCAGCAAGUGUCACUGAAUGCUACCAAUUUGGCAGAAACACAGCCAAUUACACUGUUUCUUUCAUAUUAAGCUGUAACUAUGGAGUAGGGAGUUGUAAUAUAAAUUUUUACCUCAUGAAACAUGAAAAAAAGAUGUGAUGUGCUUGAAAAAAACAAAGAUGUAGUCACAUUUAGUACAAAUCAAAGCUAAGAGUCGUCUCCAGUCUCUGAUUUACAGGAUUAUUACCAGUUAAUACACAUAAACAGAACGUAAAACACAAGCUUCUGCUGUUUCCGAGUUAAGAAUAAAAAUUGAUUUCCCUAGCUCCACCGCUCUCAUGGUAAUUCUUCACUGCGCCAUUUUUGGGAUCGUUCGGGCCUAUCUGGGGACGUCUGCGUGUGCUAAACUAUGGUUUAUGAAUAUAAAAUGAAGCUUUUGUUUCUACUGUGCUCUAGGCAGGGGAGUAAAACAGAAAAAAGGUUAAACAG